AUGGAGCCGGCACUUCGAACGCUCGGCGUGCUGGAUCGCAACUCCCACAUCAGCCGCUUCAACUCCGAACAGCAGCUACAUCCAUGUUCGCAUCUGCACGAUUUGCACUGCGACUGCACGCAAUGCGAGCGUGAACAAGUGCUUGCGGCUCGACGUGCACGACGUUCGCAUCCCAGGAAGCCAGAUGAGGAUGAGGCGAGGAAUGGUAGGUGGAGGAGAAGGGCGGUGGAUGAAAAUGCCCGGAGGGGUGAGAGCAAAAUCGGUAGAGCCGCUCAAAUGCGCCCCGGAAGAAUCACACUUCCACCUCCAACAACCACAAUGGCCGAGCGAGAUCCAGCUUCCCAGUCCGAACAGGCAGACGAGACGGAUCCCAAUCAGGCAGCACCGGAAAACAACCAAGAACGUGGCGGAGAAGGAAGAGAGACAACGCCAGGGUGGGUGGGAGACUUUUACAGCCGCAAUCCUGCUGCUCUCGCAAACGGUUGGCUCGCUUUCCAUCAUCAUCGCUUCAUGUCGUCGCCGAUGGACAGGGAUGAGCCAGCGUCCGUCGAAAUCGUCGCAAGCGCCGUCGUUCGAGCAUCCCGCACACAGCUGCUGGGUCUCACUCCCCACUUGCACACCCCUCGCACACGACGCUAG